AUGCUCGAUCGGGCAGUUGACUGGCAGCUGCCGCAUUGCAUUCGUGGUCAAUCCAUGGCUUCUUGUGCUGGCGGUGGUGACGAGCCGCUGACGGAGGCGCUGCUAGCGAGGGCGGGCAGCGGCGACAAGGAUGACCUGGAGGAGAUCCACAGCGUGUCGGCGUUCCUACGGUGCGCGGCGGAGGAGAACCGGCGGCUGUGGCACCUGGCCGGGCCGGCCAUCUUCACGUCGCUGGCGCAGUACUCGCUGGGCGCCAUCACGCAGGUCGCCGCCGGCCACCUCACCACGCUCGAGCUGGACGCCGUCUCCACCGAGAACUCCGUCGUCGCCGGCCUCGCCUUCGGGAUCAUGUACGGCAUGGGGAGCGCGCUGGAGACGCUGUGCGGGCAGGCCUACGGCGCCAAGAAGCUCCCCAUGCUCGGCGUCUACCUGCAGCGCUCCUGGCUGCUGCUCACCGCCACGGCCGUCUGCAUGCUCCCGCUCUACCUCUUCGCCACCCCGAUCCUGAGGUUCUUCCACCAGGACGACCAGAUCGCCGUCAUGGCCGGGCGGUUCUCGCUCUACAUGAUCCCGCAGCUCUUCGCCUACGCGCUCAACUUCCCCAUCCAGAAGUUCCUGCAGGCGCAGAGCAAGCUGGUGGCCAUGGCGGCGGUGUCCGCGGCGGCGCUGGUGUUCCACGUCGCGCUCACCUGGUUCCUCGUGGUGCCCAUGCGGAUGGACCUCGUUGGCCUCGCCGUCGCGCUUAACGCGUCGUGGUGGUUCGUCGUGCUCGGCCAGCUCGCCUACAUCGUCAUGGGUUACUGCCCCGGCGCCUGGAACGGCUUCCAGUUCGACUCCCUCGCCUUCACCGAGCUCUUCAGCUUCGCCCGCCUCUCCAUCGGCUCAGCAAUCAUGAUCUGCUUGGAGUUCUGGUUCUACAUGUUCCUUAUUGUGAUCGUGGGCAAUCUUCCCAACGCUCAGGUUGCCGUCGCCGCAGUCUCCAUCUGCACCAACCUGUUCGGGUGGCAGAUCAUGGUGUUCUUCGGAUUCAAUGCAGCCAUCAGCGUGAGGGUGUCGAACGAGCUGGGCGCGGGGCGGCCGCGGGCGGCGAGGUUCGCGAUCGCGGUGGUGCUCAUGUCGUCCGUGGCCAUCGGAGUGGCCUUCUUCGUGGCCGUGCUGCUCCUCCGGGACGUCUACGGCGCGCCCUUCACGGAGAGCCCCGAGGUGGUGCACGCCGUGGCCAGCCUGGGCGUGGUCUUCGCCUUCACGCUCCUGCUCAACAGCGUCCAGCCCGUGCUGUCCGGCGUGGCCGUCGGGGCCGGGUGGCAGUGGCUGGUGGCGUACAUCAACCUCGGGUGCUACUACGGGGUCGGCAUCCCGGUCGGGUACAUGAUCGCCUUCCCGCUGCGCCGCGGGAUUCAGGGGAUGUGGGGCGGCAUGCUCACCGGGGUGGGCCUGCAGACCGUGAUCCUGAUCGCGAUCACGAUGCGCACCAACUGGAACAAGGAGGCAAGGGAGGCGAGCUCCAGGAUACGGCAGUGGGGUGGUGGUGGUGAUGGUGCAUCGCCCAGGAUCCCGGACAGCUUCUAG